AUGGUAGUGGCUAUUCCCUCUGCUUUAGACUACACGUCGUGCGGGCAGAACAGAUUGUUCCCUCAAGCAAGCUACUCCAAUUACGACCAAGAUGAUGAUCAGCAAGACGAUCUAUGCAUUGUGUGCGGCAGCUGUGACGUUCUCUGGUGGUACAGUGGAUGCGACGACGGAGGCGGCGGAGACCAUUUGGCUGGCUAUUACCGAAGAGCCACAACACUGGCUACGGAGUAUGGCGGACUGUCUUUUCUAAAGGCACUUGGCGGUCUCAAGGCUGGUGCUGGUGGCUACGGCGCUACGGGCGUGGAUCUCAACGCAAAUGCUGGUCUCGGUGCACUUGGUUACGGCAAUGCCAACGCCGGCACCGGUCUCGAUGCUCGUGCCGGCAUCAACGCGAACGCAGGCCUCAAGGCGAAUGCUGGACUUCAGGCUGGUGCUGGUCUCAAUACCGGAGCGGGUCUUGACGCCAAUACAGGAUUGAAAGCGAACGCCGGACUCAACGCUGGUGCUGGACUUAAUGCUGGUGCCGGUCUCAAGGCUGGCGCCGGCCUCAGCGCUGGUGCUGGACUCAAUGCUGGUGCCGGUCUAAAGGCUGGUGCCGGCCUCAAUGCUGGUGCCGGUCUCAACGUUGGUGCUGGCCUCAACGCUGGUGCGGGUCUUAACGCCAAUGCAGAAUUGAAAGCGAACGCCGGACUCAGCGCUGGUGCCGGUCUAAAGGCUGGUGCCGGCCUCAAUGCUGGUGCCGGACUCAACGCUGGUGCCGGCCUCAAUGCUGGUGCCGGUCUCAACGUUGGUGCUGGCCUCAGCGCUGGUGUGGGUCUUAACGCCAAUGCAGGAUUGAAAGCGAACGCCGGAGUCAACGCUGGUGCCGGACUCAACGCUGGUGCCGGACUCAACGCUGGUGCCGGACUCAACGCUGGUGCCGGACUCAACGCUGGUGCCGGCCUCAAUGCUGGUGCCGGUCUCAAGGUUGGUGCAGGUCUCAAUGCUGGUGCCGGUCUCAACGUUGGUGCUGGUCUCAAUACCGGUGCGAGGUUUAGCGCCAAUGCAGGAUUGAAAGCGAGCGCCGGGCUCAACGCUGGUGCCGGCCUCAAUGCUGGUGCCGGUCUCAAGGAUUGA